AUGCACGUAUUGGACAUGCCAAGGCAGUUUUUCAUGGUGCGAUUUGAGAUAGAGAAAGAGUAUUUGGAAGCAUUAAUUGGUGGUCCGUGGAGAGCGUUUGGUAGCUACAUGAUGGUGCGAGCUUGGUCUCUGGAUUUCGACCCGUUAUGGCAUGAAAUAAUGACCACACCUGCUUGGAUUCGUGUGUCUAAUAUUCUAGUGAUUUUCUACCAGAAAACAAUUUUAAUGGGGAUGGCUCGUGGUUUGGGGAGGCCUCUAAAGCUGUAUUUGAACACGAUGAAUAUUGAACGUGCUAGAUUUGCCAGAAUUUGUGUGGAGGUGGAUCUAAGAAAACCAUUGAAGGGGAAGAUAAUGAUUAAUGGAGAUAGGUAUUUUGUCUCCUAUGAAGGGCUGAACUUGAUUUGUUCGGGAUAUGGAGUUUAUGGCCAUCUAGUUCACUCGUGUCCACGACGUGCGCCAGAGAAAGAGGUGGUGGCGACUGCUCGGAUGGAGGUAGAGUUGAACAAGUCCACGGUUCAAGUGGCAUAUGGCUUCACGGAGGUGAGACAAAAGAGACAAGGGCCGGGUUCAUCGUCGAAGUCACAAAUGCCGGCAGGGGCUGACCGAGAAUGCGGACGUAAUCUUCGAGAGAUUCAGCCGUCUAAUUUUUGA